AUAUAAUCUGAUUUAAACAAUGAAAAAAAAAUUGAAAAAAAAAGGUGAACCAAAUCCUCAAUAGGAGAAUACAUUUGAUUCAUUCAUCCAUGCAAAAUUCUUCUAUUUCUCUGAGCGAGAUUGUGGUUGUUCUGCUCUGCUCUGCUCUGCAAAAACACUUACUCACAUGAUUUCAUCUGUUGGGUCGGCCAUUUUUCCAUUGAUUCUGCUCUACCAAGUUCCAAAAUUCCGCUCCAGAAGGUUUUGGCUUUCGGAUAAAGAACUCAUAUGCAUCCUCGGCGACUGUUUGUGAGCGGUCUGAAUCAAUUUGUGCUAUGAGGUAUCAAGGUGUAAAUUCAGAAAUUCUGCAUCACCAUCCUAUUAAUGGAAAGAAGCCGCAUCUAAAAAUAUAUAGCAAGGAAAAUGAUCUUGAGAAUGGUGGUAGGGAUUUUAACAAAGUUUCCUCAGAAGGCAAAUUUACAUUCAAUGUGGGAAGAUUCAACUUCAAAGGAGGAUCCUCAUCCAUGAGGAGUACUGAUGAGACUGAACUUUUUAAAGAGCAGGAAUAUGAAAAUGGAAAUGAGAACAAGAAUAUUCUCUCUGAACCAUUCCAGAAAUCUAAUGAGGGAUAUAUAGCUCCCAGGGCCCUGAAAGAAGGCGGUGAUAUGCUUUUACAGUGGAAGAAAAGGCCUCGUGCUUACAAGCCAGAAUCUAGAAGUAUAGGGGAAGAUUCUUGCUUGCCCCCUAGAAAAAUUCUUCGCAUUGAAAGACAAGUUACAAGGCCUGAAAAGCAGAAAGUCCCUGGGGAAUCUCAAGUAAUUGUCAAUUCAAGAAGCAUGACAUUGAGGGCUUGCACAUCUGGCUCCAUCAAAAGGAACUGGGAAGGUAUGAAUGGUACCCACCUCAACAGUACUCUCUGUCAAAAGAUAGAUACACAUUUACCAGGUUGUCAUGACAAGCAUGACAAAACAGUUCCUUGCUUCAGUCCAAAUGCUUUUGGGAACGGUACAGUAACUGGUGCAAUGGUUUGCACUUCUACACCAUCAGAUGCAGAGGCCCAUGCACCUCCAGAGAAGGUCAAUUUGGAAACAUUUGAAUGGCCAAGAAUUUUGUUAUCAUUAUCUCGCAAAGAAAAGGAAGAUGAUUUUCUUGUCAUGAAAGGCACCAAACUAUCCCAGAGACCUAAAAAACGACCAAAGAAUGUUGAGAGGAUUCUACAGAAUUGCUUUCCUGGUAGCUGGCUUUCAGAUUUAACAAGGGGACGAUAUGAAGUUAGAGAAAAAAAGUGUAUUAAGAAGAAACCCAGGGGGCUGAAGGCAAUGGAAAGUUCAGAUAGCGAUUUGGAUUGAUUGUAGUAACAUGUAGGAUACUGAGUUCUCCUUUUGACAAGCUAACCUCAUAUUAUUCUCUUCAAACCAGUGAUGGAUUGAUUGCAAAUUUUUGUGGUGGAGUGCUGUUGGAAAGCUACUCUGCAUUUGCAAUCAAUUGUUAUCCGGAUGUAUUCAUUGUUGUUGUUUUCCCCACUUACCAGUGAUAUAGCAAAAUCUGUUUUCAAUCUGAAAAUCAUAUAUAAAGUCUCAAUCUGUAGAGUUUGUUGCCAUUUUGACUGGCUUUAGAAACCUGCAGGAAAUAAGGUUUGGUGCAGCUGCCACUGCAGACAAGAGACAACUUCUUGUAUCAUGUGUUUGUAGAGCUUUUAACAAUAAAAAUUCUCAGUUACCUUGUAAUCAGUCCAUCUUUUAUGUUGUGCAACAGGCCAUGUUUUAGAAAGGCAAACCCUUACAGAUAUGUUGGAUGAUAUUCAUGUUACAGGUUAAAACGUUCUGGGCACUUUAUGCAAGUGUUAACACAUCAGCUAGUGAAGGUUGGGCUGUAUUUAGCAGAGUUGUUAAUACUGAUUAGUAACUCAAAAUUUGGGUUGUCGUUUCAUUAUUAUAAUCUAUGUAUAGUAAACUUGGCAAAAUCAAGCCUAGUGUUUGUAAUUGAAUUUUCUAUUGAGAAAAUGUCUUUUACAAGUUUAUAUAUACAAAAAUCAUGAUCAUUUGUAAAAGCUGCCUAUUUUGUAAAAGGUUGCUAUGGCAUAAAAAACUUCCUUUUUCUUUGAAUGGCA